CUGGGCGUCGUGGUGAGAGAUAAACAAAAAAAAAAUAGAACACUAGAGACAGAGAGAGAAGAGGACGGACUUAAACUCUGGAAUACAUUAAAUGAUCUGAAAUAAACUAGUGAUCGAAACGUUUCAAUAAUUGAGCCACCAUUGGUUUCUGUUGAAUCGUGGGAUCGUGGUAGGCUGUGAAAAAAAUGGCUGAUGAUCAUAAGAUUGAACUCUUUGUGAAGGCAAGCGUUGAUGCUGAGAGCGUGGGCCACUGCCCCUUCUGCCAGAGGCUUUUCAUGAUCCUCUGGUUGAAAGGAGCAGACUUCAAACUCACCACUGUGGACAUGAAACGGGCCCCUGAAGUGCUGAAGACACUGGCUCCAGGUUCUCAACCUCCCUUUCUCCUCUUCGGCAAAGAUGUCAAGACUGACACCAACAAGAUCGAGGAGUUCUUGGAGGAGACCUUAGCCCCCCCGCAGUUUCCAAAAUUGUGCUGCCGGUACAAAGACUCCAAUGGUGCUGGGGAUGACAUCUUCCGAACUUUCUCUGGUUAUAUCAAGAAUUCCAAUCCAAGAAUCAAUGACAUGCUGGAGAAGAAGUUCCUGGGGACGCUGGUGAAGCUGAACAUGUUCCUGGAGACCCCGCUUCCACAUGAGUUGGAUGCGAACCCAAACGCCGAUGUGUCCACUCGACUCUUUCUGGAUGGUGACACCCUAUCACUGGCUGACUGCAACUUGCUGCCCAAACUAAACAUUGUCAAAGUGGUGUGCAAAAAGUUCCGUGGCUUUGACAUCCCUUCCGACCUGAGAGCUCUGACACGUUACCUGGAAAACGCCUACAAGAGAGAUGAGUUUCGUUACACUUGCCCAAAUGAUUCAGAGAUCCUGCUUGCCUACAAGACAGUCGCCAAGUACCUGAAUAAAUAGAUGCGUCAAAAAACACUGCCACAUGGUUAUCUGAAAAUAUUCAGGAGUGAAGAGAGGGUGGGGAUGAAUGAACUUAUGAAGCCAACAGGAAUUCAUUUGUCGAGUAACAACAUAAUACAAGCAUGCUAUUUACUGUCAUUUAUGAACUUUUUUUUAUCAUUAAAAUCUCUAAUUCUCUCUUUGGCUUUCCAUAUUUUCCAAUGCGGAAUACUGAAGUAUUACUGUUUGUUUAUUUGGAUAUAUUAAAGCGCAUAUUUAUAUUUCUUGUUCUUGCUGGAUUAUGCAAAUUGUAAAAUUUUUAUUAACAUUUUUGAAAUAUCACUUUGUUUGUGUUCCUCCUCAAUAAAGCAAUUCCGUUA